UGGAGCAACUGAUCGACGUUUAUUGAUUAUCAAACAAGCAGUCUUUACGCUUUCUUGUUUGAAAUCUCAACAACCUUUUGUUAGCGGAAAGAUGACGGAGAGAGCGCAGAGCCCAACGGCAGCAGACUGCAGACCCUAUGAGGUCAACAGGGCCAUGUAUCCUCAAGCCGCGGGCCUGGAUGGACUUGGCGGAGCGUCCUUGCAGUUCGCGCACGGCAUGCUUCAGGAUCCAAGUCUGAUUUUUAACAAAGCCCAUUUCAACGGAAUCACCCCCGCGACAGCCCAGACCUUCUUCCCAUUCCCAGGCGAUUUUAAAACGAAUGAUUUGCAAGGUGGGGACUUUACGCAACCCAAACACUGGUACCCUUUUGCGGCCCCCGAGUUCACCGGGCAAGUUGCAGGAGCGACGGCCGCCACUCAGCCGGCGAACAUCAGCCCUCCUAUCGGCGAGACCAGGGAGCAAAUCAAGAUGCCAUCUGCGGUCAAAACCGAGAAAGAUGUUGAAGAAUACGGGAAUGAAGAAAACAAGCCGCCGUCACAAUAUCACCUCACUGCCGGAACAUCCUCCGUCCCCACCGGGGUGAACUACUACACACCAUGGAACCCUAAUUUCUGGCCUGGACUGUCCCAUAUUACGGCCCAAGCUAAUAUUUCCCAAGCUCCCCCGACUCCCUCCGCUUCAUCACCAUCCCUGUCUCCGUCUCCCCCUGGAAAUGGGUUCGGAAGCCCGGGAUUCUUCAGCGGAGGUACUGCGCAAAAUAUUCCAUCAGGUCAAGCGCAAAGUGCACCCCGGAGCAGUGGGUCUUCCAGUGGAGGAUGCAGUGAUUCUGAGGAGGAGGAGACUCUGACAACUGAAGAUUUGGAGCAGUUUGCGAAAGAGCUCAAACACAAGCGCAUCACUCUGGGCUUCACGCAGGCAGAUGUGGGACUUGCGCUUGGAAACUUGUAUGGCAAAAUGUUCAGUCAGACGACAAUCUGCCGCUUUGAGGCUCUCCAACUAAGUUUCAAGAACAUGUGCAAACUGAAGCCGCUGUUGCAGAGGUGGUUGAACGAGGCCGAAAACUCCGAGAACCCUCAAGAUAUGUACAAAAUUGAGCGGGUGUUCGUCGACACGCGAAAAAGAAAACGGAGGACCAGCUUGGAAGGCACAGUCCGUUCUGCUCUAGAGUCGUACUUUGUGAAGUGCCCCAAACCCAACACUCUGGAGAUAACGCACAUAUCUGAUGAUCUUGGCCUGGAGAGAGAUGUAGUGCGUGUAUGGUUCUGCAACCGUAGACAGAAGGGAAAGCGUCUAGCUUUGCCCUUUGACGACGAAUGCGUCGAAGCACAGUAUUAUGAGCAGAGUCCACCACCUCCGCCCCAUAUGGGUGGCACAGUGCUCCCAGGGCAAGGUUAUCCUGGACCAGCCCAUCCUGGAGGAGCCCCUUCCUUAUACAUGCCAUCCCUCCACCGACCGGAGGUCUUCAAAAACGGCUUGCACCCUGGUUUGGUGGGUCAUCUCACCAGCUAACUGCCUCCAGGUGCCUGCUAAAGUUUAUAGAAUGUGCCAAGCUAUGGAUCAAAUCAGCCAUGCUUAUUAUUUUUUAUUUUUUUGUAACGCUGCAUCUGUUUAUUUUGGUUCUUUCCAUACGUGCCUUGGGACACUUAAUUGUUUAGUGUCUGGUUUUAACCAUUCACACUAGCAACCUGAUGGAUUAUUGUGUAAUGGGUGCUUUGUUGAACUACUGCGUUUGCACAUGAAGUCAUAGGCUCCUAAUUUUUAUAGUUGUUUUUAACGACGUUUGCUCAUGUAUCGGUUUUUAUGUACAUAUAUUUGUCUUUAACGUUUGAUAUUUGAUGAUUUUCCAAAGUAUAUUUCAAUAUUUGUCUCCAUUUUGUGGUUUUCUCAUAUUUGUGUGAACU